GAAGCAGGUCUCUCUGACUCUGACAAGUCUCCACAAGUGUUCUGCCUGUAUUUUAAACUCCUGUAACAGUUUAUUUAAAGAGGAGCUAUUUAGACUCCCAGGAGGAGAGUGAGGGUGGUGUUUACGAGUAACAGGUAAUAAUUUCAAGAUUCACUGAGCGUGAAGUUUGGACGGCGGGGACAUUGGAGCCCAAAGCAGAUCAGAUUCCUGAUUCAAAAUGAACCGAGCCAAACCGCUUCAUGGCAAACAGCAUUUCUCCAUCCUCAUCACCAUGUUGGCCCUGCUGAGCUCCAGUCAGGCCUUUCCGAGGACGGACCCUCCCAUCCGUCCUGGUCACCCCUUCCUGUUCAUGUGGAACGCCCCGACUGAGCUGUGUGAGAUCCGCUUCGGCAUGCCCCUCGACCUCUCCUACUUCCACGUUGUAAGCAGCACACUGAAAACCGCGACCAACCAGAGCAUCUCCAUAUUCUACACCGACCGCUUCGGCAUCUUCCCCUACGUGGACGAAGACACUGGUGAGAUGUGCGAUGAGGGUCUGCCGCAGCUGAUAGACCUGCAGGAGCACCACGAGCUGGCUGAGGACGACAUCGAGUACUACAUUCCCGAUGACCAGCCAGGACUUGCUGUUCUUGACUUUGAGGAGUGGAGGCCACAGUGGGUGAGAAACUGGGGCAGCAAAGACAUCUACCGACAGAUUUCCAUCGAAACUGUCAAGAAAAAAAACGCGACAUUGACUGACGACGAGGCAGAGGACCGGGCGAAGAUCGUGUUCGAACGUGCAGCCAAAAGGUACUUCCUCCGCUCCAUACGCAUCGGGAAGAGGCUGAGGCCCAACAGACUCUGGGGUUACUACCUGUACCCCGACUGCUACAAUUAUGACUACAACCAGGACAUGGAGAACUUCACAGGAGAGUGUCCCGCCAUCGAAAAGGACAGGAACAAUGAGCUUAUAUGGCUCUGGAGAGAGUCCACAGCACUUUUUCCAUCCAUUUAUCUGGAGCUGGUGCUCAAAGACUCCCAGCAGGCCCGGCUAUUCGUCCGCCACCGAAUCCAGGAGGCCAUCAGGGUGUCAGCGCUCCCCAACAGCUCCUACUCCAUCCCUGUCUACGCCUACAUCCGGCCCGUGUACAAGGACAGCAUCAACGACUAUCUGUCAGAGUUUGAUCUGGUCAACACCAUCGGAGAAGCCGCCGCUCUCGGAGCCGCUGGCGUCGUUUCCUGGGGAGACAUGAACGUCACAGAUACAGAGGACUCCUGCUUUGACGCUCGACGCCACCUGCAGCAGGUCAUGAACCCAUACAUCCUGAACGUCUCCACGGCAGCGCAGCUCUGCAGUGAGGCGCUGUGCCAGGGCCGAGGCCGCUGUGUGAGGAAGCGCUGGGACGACGACGUCUUCCUCCACCUCGACCCGCGUCGCUAUCAGAUCCGGCGGCAGCGCCGCGGCGGCCCGCUGACCGUGAGCGGCGGCCUCUCGCAAGACGACAUCAACUGGUUCGACCGCAGCUUUGACUGCACGUGCUACAGCGACGAGCAGUGCAGGUCGGUCCUGACGCUCAACGUGCUCCACGAGGCCGUCAUCACCAGGGGGAGUCGCGGUGCUGACAGGCCCCGCCCCCUCCUGCUGGUGAUGAUAGUGCUCUGUCUGAGACAUGUCGUGAUGUGAUGAAUUAAUACUACAAACCUGACACGUGACACAGGAAGUGGGGUUAAAGGAUAAUUGCACUGUUAUUUUAGUUUGU